CGUUUCUAAGGCUGCCCGAAGAAGAACACAAAGGAACACAACCAGAUCCUCUGCAAAUGGCUGAAAUCAGAGAAUAUAGUCCGACUGACAGGUGAAGAAUCAUUGUGCCUUGUCUUUUAAUGCAGGGUAAUUAUAACCGGACAUCUAACAAUGAACCACGGGGAAAAGCCCAGAAAUUAACCUCCCGGUCACGGGGAGGAAAACGAAAGCCUGUCUCAUAUUUGUAAACCCACCAAUAACAUGAGCGCUAGAGCCUUUCUGGAGGUUGAGCUGCGGCUGAACGCGGACCUCGACCGGCUGGGGUUCGGCCCCCCGGUACGGUACGUGUACCGCCCGCUGCAGUACGCCUGGGAGCCGCACCAAGCCUUCGUCCAGAAGUUCUGUCGGGGGGGCCAGAGUGUCCUGUUCCUGGGGAUGAACCCCGGACCUUUCGGCAUGGCGCAGACGGGGGUCCCGUUCGGGGAGGUCAACGUGGUGCGCGACUGGUUCGGGAUCACGGGCGAGGUGGGGCGUCCCGCGGAGGAGCACCCCAAGAGACUCAUCACAGGGUUGGCCAGCACCAAGAGCGAAGUGAGCGGGGCCCGCUUCUGGGGCCUCUUCCGGCAGCUCUGCGGGGAGCCGGAGCGGUUCUUCCGCCACUGCUUUGUGCACAACCUGUGCCCGCUCAUGUUCAUGGCUGAGAGCGGCAAGAACCUCACGCCCCCGGAGCUGGCGGUGAGGGAGCGCAACGACCUGCUGGCGCUGUGUGACGCGGCGCUGUGCCAGGCGGCCCGGGCGCUGGGGGUCACCAUGGUGAUCGGCGUGGGACGGGUGGCGGAGCACCGGGCGAGGAAAGCUCUGGCUGCCGCCGGUAUGGGCGACGUGAGGGUGGAGGGGAUCAUGCAUCCCUCCCCCAGGAACCCUCAAGCCAAUAAGGGCUGGGCAGAGGUCGCUAUGGUUACGCUGGAGGAACUCGGUGUCCUUGCUCUUUUGAGGAACGAGUGACCCCUGGGCCAAGUGUGCCUUCAGUGAGAGCCGCGUCGUCGGGGUGGAUGUUGAACUCAAAGCACUGGGACCAGUGAGAACCGCCUCGUCGUGGUGGAUGCUGAACUCCCUGCACUGGGACCAGUGAGAGCCGCGUCGUCGUGGUGGAUGUUGAACUCACUGCACUGGGACCAGUGAGAACUGCCUCGUCAUGGUGGAUGUUGAACUCACAGUACUGGGACCAGUUAGCUGUUUUAUUCCCCAAUAGUUGAGGGGGAAAAGCCUUCUGGAAAGCCUUCUUUUUAGCUUAAUCUAUCUUGAUUUCUGACACUAAUGGAAAGACAGUUAACGCUUUAUUAAUAUAUAUCAGGGGAGCAUUUUCAGAUAUUUAUUUGGAAUCGCAUCUGCACUGUAAAUCUUAUGCUCAGCUAGCAUAAACCUGCAGGGUUUUCCUUUGCAUUCAAAGGGAUUUAAAAGUCAUUGAAAGACUGCUUUCUUAAAUCAUGGGUUUAGGAACACUAAUCUUCCAAAGAGCUGUUUUUUUUUGCAAUCUGUGCAUCAUUUCGAUGCCUUGAAGAGAGGUAGUACCAACAUGUACCUUUUUAUGUUUUAUUCAUUUUAGGUGAAAAGGAACUGCCAUUAUUUACUGGGUUUGAUGCCCAGUAUCCCCCAGUAGGCAUCAUGAGGAGAUCCCAGUCGCUCUCUAGGACAUUGUCUCCUAAAUGACAAUAGUUCUGCUUUUACACUAACGGGAAAAACCACUCCAUUGGUUUUCUCAAAGACCAUAUUUAAUUCCUUUCCUCCUUGUGCUGAACACAAUACACUUUUCGUUUUCACAAUUUAAUACUAUUCAACGUAUUUAAAAACUUUGUCAAGAAAGUUAUCAUGUUUUGUUGCUUUCUUUAUUUUAAAUAAAAUAUUUUCAAAAUGAUUUGAAUACAGUUGACGAUCGAUUGCAAAACCCGCUACAGUGUAAAUCAGAUCUCAUGCACGAUUAAUAAUAUUAAUAAUUUACUUAAUGAGUCACUCUAAGGAUGAAGAGUUUAUCAUAAUUAAAGCAAGCCAUUAUUCAUCAUCAAAUGUUCCACCAAUGAUGAUGGGUAGGCCUAUCUCUGCAUUCUCUCAUGGCCAAUCACAGCCCAUUCUCUGGGUCCAAUCACAGCGCGUUCUCUGUGGCAAAUCACAGCGCAGUCUAUCUCAUUAGCUCCUAAUUAAGUUCAGGUUUGUCACUCAGCCCCUAUAUUAAGGCAAACACGUGGUGUUGUGUUUCUUUUGUUUUGUUGCCUUGGACGGUGGCAAACCAGCUGCAAGCUUGGGCUCUAGCUGGUAGAACGGCGUUCUUCUGACUCAACAAGCAGGAUCACGUGGUCACCAGCGGAGUCUUCAACAACUGACACCGCAUUAGCCCAAUAUCAAAUAAUGAAGGCGUUCCUCAUUGAUGGUACCGUCAGUAUCCUGAGCAUUUAUACCCCUGAUGAGCAAGACUUCAACUUCUCCUCAAACGAUUUUUCCAUCGACUGGUUGUCUUGAUGAGGAUGAUGAAUCCGGUUGACGCCCCUCCUGGGAGGAGCUGAAGGACGGGCGGCCAGCUUCAGCGGUCUUAAUGGAUGUGGAAGGGUAUAGGUUCAGGAUUGGUCUUGGGUCAAGUUUACCCUUGAAAGCGCCUAAUAGAAAUUGAUGCAUCAAUGCACAAUUUCCAACAGGUACCUGGCCGGUCGCAGCUUCACCAGGUGGGUGGGGGAACAUGGUCCAUGGAAAGAAAAGGGUGCAUUUCAUGUGUUGAACCUGAAGUCGUAGGUUUUGGACCUCCGCUGAGUCGGACCCGUGACAUGAAGUCUGCUAUGGUGCCGUCAACCUCGGACCUUUCAGAGUCGGCAUUCGCUGGUGGACACCAAGGCCCAGUCUGCAGAGGGUUGUGGAUCCUCCAGGGACGAGUUGCUGCUUCUUGUUUGCUGCGAGUGGAAAUAAACGUAUUGGAUGAUUACACAUGUGGAUACUUCAAUAGUAUCAGUGUUUUACGUAAAGAAAUAAAUGUUUG